AUGAAACUUCUCACUUCCCUUUUGCUGACAGUAUUUUUUGCUAUUUCGAUAAGUUGGCCGCUUUUCGCUGGGAUGUGUCAUCCUGAAAAAAAAGACGCUUGUCCUCCUGGUUUCUCUUGUCACCCAGACGUUUUGUGUUGGCAGGAACCUUGUCCCACUCUGCACCAUUGUGUGAAAUUGGACUGGGAACUGAACUCGACGAUGAGCGAUUCCGAUGUCAUUGAAGAUAAGACAAUUCUUGUA